AUGACUGGUGAUCUCACCAACGGGAUCAAUGGGACUGGCUUGCACAAGCUACCGGCGGACCUUGAUGCAUCCAAAUUGAUCAUCCACCGCGCCGAAUCUUUGAAGGCGGUACCCGUCUGGGAAACUUUACAGUUCGGAGAAACGCCAACAGACCAUAUGUUGAUAUGUACAUAUGACCCAAUCAACGGAUGGUCGAAUCCCGAAAUCAAGCCAUAUGGACCGUUGUCAUUGGACCCGAUGAGUUCAUGCUUGCAGUAUGCCACAAAUGUUUUUGAGGGGAUGAAGGCCUACGUAGGACCUAAUGGUAACCCGCGCCUUUUCCGCCCAAGCCGAAACAUGAAACGACUCGAGACAUCUGUUGCUCGCCUUGCUUUGCCGACAUUCGAUUCAGCGGAGCUACUCAAAUUGAUAAAACAGUUGGUCUUGCUAGAAAGUCGAUGGAUUCCUGAUCUUCCUGGAUAUAGUUUGUAUAUUAGGCCAACUAUUAUCGGGACUAGGCCAAAACUGAGUGUCGCAGCAUCCAAUGAAGCAAUGCUCUACGUGGUUCUCUCCCCAACAGGCCCGUACUUCCCAACAGGGCCGAAGCCGCUCUCCCUCAUGGCGGUAAGCGAGACAGCCCGUACAUGGCCGGGGGGCACUGGCGGCCAUAAGCUAGGAAUCAACUAUGCGCCAGCGCUGUUACCUCAGCAAAUUGCGGCGGAACAAGGUUACGAUCAAGUCGUGUGGCUCCUUGGCGAGGACAAUAGGAUCACGGAAGUUGGCGCGAUGAACGUUUUCGCCGUUGUUGGACGUAAUGACGGAGACUUGGACGUGAUGACCCCCUCAUUGGAUGGUACAAUUCUCCCUGGUGUAACCCGAGCGUCAUGUCUCGAACUCCUCUCUGCUCACCCACAAAAAUCCGUCCUCCCUAAUAUUCCUCCCAGCGCACACAUCCACGUCCACGAACGCGCGAUCACUAUGGAAGAACUGACCUCCUGGUCCGCUAAGGGCCAGUUACACGAGUUGUUCGGAGUCGGAACAGCCGUCAUUGUGGCGCCCAUAGGGAAAAUCGGGUUCCAAAACAUGGAUGUCGUCCCUUUAGUCCAUCCUGAAGGCUUUGGCCCAGUUGCAGGUGCUCUUAUGAGGAGACUAUCUGACAUACAGACGGGGAAGUCGCAAUGGGAGGAUUGGAGCGUCGAGCUAUCUGCCUGA